AUGUCAAUCGGCUUUUGCAUUCCGGAAAAACGCGAUCACCUCAUCCUUACCGCUAAGCUUGCUGAGCAAUGUGAGCGCUAUGAUGAGAUCCUGAUUUGUAUGAAGCGCGCUGUAAAGCUUGAUCCUCAUCUCUCCAGUGAGGAGCGUAACUUGCUUUCCGUUGCCUACAAGAACAUCAUUGGCGGUCGCCGCUCCUGUUGGCGUAGUAUCACCUCUCUCGAGCUCAAGGAGGAGGCAAAGAAGGAGAAGAACCUCAAUCUCAUCAAGGGUUUCAAGAAGCAAGUGGAAAAGGAGCUGGCAGAGAUCUGCACCGAUGUGCUGGAGUUGUUGGACAAGUACCUUAUCCCAGCUGCCGACAACGACGAGAGCAAGGUAUACUACUACAAGCUCAAGGGUGAUUACCAUCGCUACUACGCCGAGAUCGAGGCGAGCUCGGAAGCGCAAAAGAACCUCGCGCUGGAGGCCUACUCCUUGGCUUCUGAGCACAUCUCGUCGUUGAAGCCCACCUCGCCGGUGCGGCUCGGCCUCGCACUGAACUUCUCCGUGUUGUACUACGAAAUCCUUAAGCGGCCGGAUAUGGGCUGUCAGCUUGCCCGCCAGGCCUUUGAGGAGGCCCUCAACGACCCCAAGGUGCUUGAUGAGGAGCAACACAAGGAGGCUGCGCUGAUUAUGCAGCUCCUGCGUGAUAACCUCGCGCUAUGGACGGAAGAUGCCCAUCCUGAGAGCCCAGACGACGGAACGGCGAUGGAGGAGCUUGAAUAA